AUGAUGCUUCUGUGCUUCCAGCUCUCUCCCCCGCAUUGUUUCCUCCCACUGGAUCCCAGGCCUUCCGGAAAAAAACCAAAAAGCAGGGUGUGGAGGGACAGGGACCUUACAGCCUCCAGCCUGGCACCAGUGUAUAUCUUAUCAGCCAGCCUCUGCUUGGGCUCAGCAGCAGACCUGUCCGUGUGCACACGUCUUCUCUGGGCAGGUCCAACAGUUAUCAGCACUCCUUAUUGCCAGGACCCAUGAGCCAGGACAAACAGAGUAAGCAGGUACCGGAUUGCAGCGGACCGAUGUCCCCCAAAGCCAAGAAAUCCCCCAGGAUGCCCAAGUGCUCCCGCUGUAGAAAUCACGGAUACGUGUCUCCACUGAAGGGACACAAGCGCUUUUGCAACUGGAGGGACUGCCAGUGUCCCAAAUGCAAACUGAUCGCGGAGAGACAGAGAGUCAUGGCGGCCCAGGUAACUCAGUUUAGGCGCCCGUUAGCGCGGCUAGCUGCAGCUGAGAACAAAACUGCUUUGCUGAAACAACCAGCCACACACUUUACUCUUCAUCCUCUCGGUCUCAUCGUGAUUUGUUUGUUUUUGUGUCCAGGGACCCGCUCAGCAUCGUCCCCCAGCCCAUCAGCCGCUGCCAGGGCUCAUACCGAGGGACCGUCUGACCUCCUGCUGGAAACCCCCUAUUACAAUUUCUACCAGCCUUCGCGCUACCCCACCUACUAUGGAAACCUUUACAACUACCCGCAGUACCAGAUGCCUCAUGGCGAUGGCCGCCUGCCCAGCCACAACGUGUCGUCUCAGUACCGCAUGCACUCCUACUACCCAGCAGCCACCUACCUGACUCAGGGCCUGGGCUCCACCACCUGUGUGCCACCCUUCUUUAGCCUGGAUGACAGCAAUAACAGCUGCUCUGAGACCAUGGCAGCCUCCUUCUCGCCCGGCAGCAUCUCCGCUGGUCACGACUCCACCAUGAUCUGCCGCUCCAUCAGCUCCCUGGUUAACGUUGAUGCCAAGGCUGAGUGCGAGGCCAGCAGCCAAGCUGACGGCUUCACCGUCGACUCCAUCGAAGGCGGCGCCACCAAAUAAGAGAAGAAAAGGAUAAGAUCACACGACAGAAGCUUUAUGAGCUCGGACGAGCUGAAACUUGAUGUUCUUUAACAACCGUUUAAUCGUUCGCUCUAGUUUCACGUUGUCUGCACGUUGUCUGCACGUUGUCUGCACGUUUCCCUUCUAAAGCUCUGUUCUUGUAUUUGUAGAUCAUUUUAAAUCCAGUUCAGGGUUACGUAUCACAAUGUAAUUAACUGGCCAAUGCAGUGAGACCCUUGAUUAGCUUUAAUCAAGAUCAGAUGAUUGAGCGUGAAGCAACUCUUCCAAACAGAAAUAAAGUGGGGUUUUUAAAUGCA